UGAUCCUUAAGUAUUACUCGCAAUACUACAGCUUCUGCACGGUUGGAAAUGAUUUUCUCCAAGAUGUACCAUUGAGCAGGAUUGUGCUGUCGCUAUACGAUCAAUUGAACACCAGUAUGCUCCACGCAAUCGACAACGGCUGCCAAGCGUUCGUGGUUGAUGAACAGGGUGCUGAACGUUUUCUCGAUCUUUACCUGCCUGUGCACGAUUUGGCCCGCCAGCGAUCGUUGGACAAAAGCUUGAUCCUCCUGAUAGCGAAGCGAAACCAAACGCACUUAUUCGAUCGUAUGCGAGUGCACGAAGCAUUUCGCGGUAAGGGGUGUUACGUGAUUUUGAACCAUUCGGACUGUGCGAUAACAACUAUUGACGUUUUUCUCGCCCAUGCAGAAUUGGCGAACGUCCUGAUCGUAGUGUACGAUGAGCAGGAACGGCCUACUAAUAUUUACAACACCGUCGUCGAUAUGUCACAUAUACUUGAGCGAAGCGUGAACGUUGCUAUGGAGCUAGUCGCGGUAAAAUGGACCAGUUGGAAGAAUCACUCUUUUUUCCCAGACAAAGCCAGAGAUCUGAAUGGUUACGUGUUGCGAACGUCCAUGUGCAACUAUUUGCCGUUUACGGGCUAUGAGCGAUUGGACCAAGAAACUGGCAAUGCCUUCGAUUCCGCGAAAGGCAAGCGAUCGAUAUGGUUGGAUGGCACAGAACUACAGCUCCUAGUUUCGUACUGUGAGCGUCGUAAUUGCAACAUUAUGGUGUUCCCAGAGGAUGAAGACGAGUGGGGCGAUGUGUACCCGAACGGUACCGGAAUUGGGCUGAUGGGCAGUGUGGCCGAACGACGCACAGACAUUGCCUUUGGAGCAUUCUACCUUUGGUUCAAGCCGUACAACUUCUCCUCCUAUACCGCCACCAUCAGCCGAUCUGGAGUGACCGUGCUCGUGCCGAAACCGAAGCUGCUACCGCACUGGCGUACCCCGUUUCUUUCCUUCUCAUGGCCACUAUGGAUUGCCGUGAUGGUCACAUUUCUUGUCGGGUUUAUAGCUACUUGGUUGGCGGGUACGGUGCGUCUUCGAUUGUUGCUACUGUCCGCUCCAACCGAUCAGCCGUGGACUGGUCGAUCAGAUCUGAUUUCUGAGCAGCAUACGCUGAGCGAUGCCGUGCUUAUGAUGGUUGGCUUCUUCGUAGCACAAUCAUCGCCCAUUCGAUCUGACCUAUGGUCGUGCGUGUGCCUGUUUGCCUCGUUGUUGCUGGCCGGAUUUAUGGUAAGCAAUUUGUACAGUGGCGGACUUGCCAGCGUCAUGACGGUUCCGAAGUACGAAAAAUCGAUCGAUACUGUCGUUGACUUUGCGGCGACUGGCAUGAAAUGGUUCGGUCCUACGCCGUACUGUUUGGAGGAGAUUAGGAACGCCUCUAAGGUAAGAUCAAAUCUCGUCCUGAAGUUGUUAGAAUAGUUUCCUUGCGGUACAGUUUCUUUUUAAUGACAGAUCGAUCAUCCAAACAGCCUCAUUUACAACAAAUUCAAAAGACCUUUAGAUCAGUCGGACCAGAAGAGAUGAAACAAUCAAUCAGCACGGUAAUUUUGCACCAAGUAACUUUCUUGAUCGGCAAGUUUCGACAACCUUGCAGCCGCUGAAGGACUACGUCUACACGCAGAACUGUGCGGCACUGAUAACCAACACUAAUCCGUUGCGGUCCAAUCUGAACGAGUACAUCCUGCGGGUUCAGCAGUCGGGUCUGCUAUACCAUCUCGGUAUCCGAACCGCCAUUCGAUACCUGCCAACGGACGUGAUGCGAAACAUCGAGCGUUCGCGGAUGCAUCAGAUCGACGACGGUGCGGUUAGGUUGGAAUUGGGGCACUUUUUGGGUGCAUUUUUCAUACUGGGCUAUGGGUUGUUGUGCGCUAGUCUCGUGUUUGUGGGAGAACUCUGGGGCACAGUGAUGAUGCGACGAUGGAAUGAGACUGUUGUAAGCAAGGCGACCGUCGUUACUGCCUACUGAACCCUCGCAGAGCAACUUUUCGGUUGAGCGUAGCUCUUGGUACACCAGGAUUUGUUAUAUUAGGUGGUGAAGUAUCGAAAGAAAGCGUAAAAACACAUUUGGGAAUACUCACGUGUACU